AUGGUUCGUCAAUAUUCAGUUCUAAUAGUACUGCUUUUAGCUUCUGUUUGUGCCCCGUUGGUUGUACAGCAUGCAAGUUCAUCAGCGGAGGAGGAGUUUGUGCAUAAUAUUAAUAACAACAGCCUAAUUAAUCUCAGACGUCUUGCGAGUGGAUGCGACUUGUUUCAAGGAAGAUGGGUUGUUGAUAAUUCUUACCCAUUAUACGAAUCCUCAAGCUGUCCUUUCAUUGAGCCUGAAUUUGACUGCCAAAAAUAUGGUCGUCCGGACACACUCUAUCUCAAGUACGCUUGGAGACCUGAUUCCUGCAGCUUGCCCAGGUUUAAUGGGGUGGACUUGCUAAGUAAAUGGAGGGGAAAAAAGAUAAUGUUGGUUGGAGAUUCGCUAAGCUUAAACCAAUGGCAAUCUUUGAUUUGUUUACUCCAUGCGUCGGUGCCGAAUGCCAAAAUCAACGGGGUUAGGAAGGACCCUCUCUCCUCUGUGACUUUUCAGGACUAUGAUGUAACCAUCUAUGUUUACCGGUCAACUUUCUUAGUAGAUGUAGUACGAGGCAGUAAGGGUAACAUACUGAAACUUGACUCUAUUCAACAAGGAGAAAACUGGAAAGGAAUGGACGUUCUUGUGUUCAAUAGUUGGCAUUGGUGGCUUCACAAGGGAAACUCUCAACCGUGGGAUUAUAUCCAAGAUGGCUCCACCAUAACCAAAGACAUGGAUCGCCUGGAAGCAUUCACCAAAGGAAUGACAACUUGGGGGAAAUGGGUUGAUCAAAAUGUCGAUACUUCUAAAACCAAAGUCUACUUUCUGGGAAUUUCUCCUACACAUUACAGGGGCAAGGAGUGGGGAGGGUCUAAGGAUUGUUCUGGGGAGCAACAACCACUAGAAGGAUCGACAUAUCCAGCGGGAUCAGUCCCAGCCCUGGGGGCAAUCAAGAAGGUCAUAAGUAACAUACAGAAACCAGUGUAUCUACUAGACAUCACAACCUUAUCGCAACUUAGAAAAGAUGCCCAUCCAUCAGCUUACAGUGGUGAUCAUUCAGGGACUGACUGCAGCCACUGGUGCCUUGCCGGCCUACCAGAUGUGUGGAACCAGCUUCUAUAUGCUGCAUAUAUAGGCGCAUAA